CGAAAGCCGGGUCUGCGUGAUUCACUCCACCACCCAGCAUGGGCGCAUUUUUGCUCAGCCGCGGCUUUCCCGGCGCCGUUCCGCUUGCUCACCAAACGCCGAUUAGCGCGGGUGAGUCAGCGAGGCACGGGAUACGGCGGCCAAGGAAACGAGUCGGGGAAGUGAGGAAGGAAAGAAAGUUAGGCGAUUUGUAAUCCACAACGAGGAAAGGCUUCGCUACUAGCAGAGGAAACCUCUCCAGGGGAUUUGGCGCUGCUUCUGGGACUUGAAAGGGGUAUGGCGCCAAAUGCGUUACGCUUCAUUAAUCGCGUUUGCUUGUUCCUCGAUUGCACUUUCUCUUCUAAGAAAAGAAGGCGGCGAAAUUUCCUUUCUUCCCGCUUCCACCCCCGGUCUGUGUCUGGAGCAGGGGUCUCCAACCUUGGCAACUUUAAGCCUGGUGGACUUCAAUUCCCAAAAUUCCCCAGCCAAGGUGGCUGGGGUAUUCUGGGAGUUGAAAUCCUCCAGGCUUAAAGUUGCCAAGGUUGGAGACCCCUGGUCUGGAAGGUUUCUCAGCGAUCCUUUGGUCGCAAACUUUCCCGACAGGAUCAGUCUGUUCUGCGGGCCCUUUUAUUGCGCGUGGCGGCUGCCUCUCGAGCAAGUCGCUUCGGGGACGAAGCGCGCUGUGCAAACGUCGCCUGUUCAUAAUCAGGGUCGGAAGAUAGGAUGUUUCGGAAACUCCCUUCCCCCUCCCCAUAAUUCUGCAGAAAACGCAGGUGGGAAUCCUGGGAAUUGCGAUACCAAGAUACUCCAAGGUAGCAUUUCUUGGAUUGCGCCAUUUCACAUUCAUUCAUCAUCUUCCUCAGAAGCAUUUUUGAAAAGGGCAAGCUUCCAGGGAAGGAUGGCAGUCUGACUCAGGAGCUGAGUUCAUUGGAAAUGUUGAGCUCAUGUUAAAAAGAUCUUGGGUUUGUAUUAGGUGUCCUACAUAUUACAAAUAUUCUGAAUUAUAGCCAGACAUAUUGGCCUGUAGAUACACAUGGAAACAAUAGCUAAUAUCCCACAGUACACCAAACCAUAAAGCCCAUCUUAGCCUAGCUUAGUCCAAGAUAGCCAUGGCAUCCAUUUACACCUGUUUAUUGGUCCAGAUUUUACAGUUUCCCUCUGCCUUGACAGACCAAUGUGAUCCGGUGCUUUAUUAAGGUGGAUGUGUCUCUGACAGGGGAGGAAGAAGCACAAUGUCAACCCUGAAGUUGAUCUGACUGAAGCCAUCUUGGAGCUUCAGUGUUGCCACACUGGAGCUGAAGGAUAUUUAUUUUUAUUUAUUUAUUUUAUUAAAUUUUUAUACCGCCCUUCUCCCGAAGGACUCAGGGCACAGCCAAAGAUAAAACACGGAAUAUAUACAAUUAAAACAUUUAAAACAUAGCAAAUUACAGAAAGGCUGAUAAUUAAAAAUUUAGUUUUAGAAUUUUAGAAAUAUUAAUAAGACCCCGAAUUAAAAUUUAACACUAUUAUGCCAGUCCCGCUUGAAUAAAUAGGUGUGUUUUUAACUCACGACGGAAGGUCCGAAGAUCAGGCACUUGACGUAAGCCAGGGGGAAGUUCGUUAGGGAGGGGGGAAUUUGAGAUAGCUGGGACUUUGUAGUCAAAAUAAAAUACUUUCUCUUGGGAACCAAGGACAUUCUCACACCUGGUUGGAGGAAGGAGUGAUGUCAUCAGGCAACCAGACGGAGCCGUGAUUGGACCAUGUGACUGAUUGUUUUGAGAAAGUGACAAACUUUUAAUUAGGUGAAAAGCACAGGAACCUUCAGAGUCAGUUUUCAUCAGAUCUGUGCCAAUAUGAUAAAGCCAAUAAAACUAUUCUUUGAGGAAUUUACCUGCCUCUGACUUUUGCUUGCUAUGG